AUGGCAUUGAUUGCGUGCCCGAUUCAAUGUUUCUUCGCCUGGAGGAUACAGAGAAUCACCGGGAAUUGGUGGAUUCCUCUUAUCGUCGUUAUUCUCGCUCUUGCAUCAUGUGGUGGAGGAAUAUGGACGGGGGUUAUGGUCGGAGUGGUCAAGACUUUUGCUCGCAAGCCUGAGCUACAUACUCCAGCGCUGGUCUGGUUCUUGACCUCAUGUGUUGCCGAUGUUAUCAUAACCGCCACGCUCGUUCGUAGUUUGUCCGGGAGAAAGACGGGAUUCGUUGCCACGGACUCUGUUAUUGACAAGAUCAUCAGAACCACAGUCCAGACGGGAAUGAUAACAGCCGUUUGCGCGAUUGGAGAUGUAGUUUUCUUCAUGGCAUUAGAACGUACUGCUUUGAACUUCAUCUGGGACCUCGUUCUGUCCAAAUUAUACACCAACUGUCUCUUGUCCACACUCAACUCGCGAACCACCCUUCAAGCCCUUUCUGGCCAAAAAGACCCCUCUACGGGACACCAGAAUCGCGUCUUGGACACUGGAAUCACAACUCGAGACACUCGUCGUCAGACUUCUCGAUUUGGGGGUCAAUCUCAUAGUGGGCCGUUCUCCCCAUCAUCGGCAGUGUUCGAGUUAGAAAAUACCAAGUCAUUCACUUCGUCGAGGGACGUUGAGUACGGAAUUACCAUCACGAAGGUCGUCGAACAAAUUGAAGACCCAACGCCUGCAGACUCCGUUUCGCAGUCAAGUCGGGCCACCCAGUAA